UGGAUGAAAUAUCGCUUGACAUGGGUCAAUUGUGUUUUGCUGGAGCAUUAUCAGGAGCAUUAGCAUCACUCGUGCUUACUUCAGUUGAAUUAAUUAAAUGCAAACUACAAGUUCAAGAAACUUUUAUAUACAACAAAUCAUCAGCAUUAAACCAUUAUCAAUUAUUAAAUAUACAUUUAAACAACAUGGUAUACGUGGAUUUUACUGUGGAUAUUCAGGAACACUUAUUCGAGAAACCAAUGAUGAAGCUGUAUGAUAUAAAUCCAAUACAAUUAAUGAUAGCAGGUGCAUAUGCAGGGAUGGCUUAUAAUCUUUUUGUGUUUCCAGCAGACUCUAUUAAAAGCCAGAUGCAAACCAAAGAAAAAAUGAUGCAAGCUACAGGUAAAACUGUUACUAAAUGUGAAUUUAUUAGAGUUGCAAGAGAUUUGUAUAAAGCUGAUGGGAUACCUGGAUUUUAUCGUGGUUGUGGAAUUAUGGUUGCCAGAGCAGCACUUUCUAGUGCUAUAAUUUUUAUGACUUAUGCGA